AUGGAGCUACCAUCGAGCGAAAUCAAAGAGCUGUGUUUACGUUCACAGGCGGUCGAUCUCUUUUUAACAUACCUCCCAUCAUAUUAUACUUGCUGCAGCCACAAACUACUGCGGGUGCUCAUUGAAUUCAUUAUUCUGCAUUAUAUCAGAGCGGAUAAUGACACCGACAAAAGCCCUAUCAUUGGUGCUUUGGCAAGUGCUCUUCAAAGCUUCUCCGUGGAAGAGGACAGUGGAAGCUCGUUCGAAACACUACCGGCUCCCGUGCGUUCGUUCUUUGAGCAGGAACGUGAACAGAAGACUCGGAAAUUUGAGCUUUGUCAUGACUCCAGAUCUAUUGCUGGUGUGUUGUGCGACAUUCCCCUCCAGAGUCUACCCCCUGCUUUGUCGAAGCAACUCGCGAUGGCAGUGCUCAUGCUCGCGAUCACACUGGAACAUGUCGAUCUGACGUUGUUUUCUUCAACUAUUCGUGUUCUUCGAUCUCUUACAAGGCAAGCCGAAAUCAGGCGGUUUCUAAGAGAGAUCUUCACCACCAAUGGAAUUUUUGUCGACCACUGCUUGUUCUCGCAUGAGGCACGGUACCCUCCGGAACUUUGCAAAGACCUAAUCAAGUUUCUUUGCAAUGUUCUUGAAGCUGAUUCCACCACAGCAACUCAUAGUGAAGACAUGUAUGGUUUGUGCCCGGCAUUGAAAUACUUCGGAGAUCAAGACGCUGAGUGUUGGUCAUGGAAGCAAACCAUGAGACUUUCGAUCUUAUUUGCGACUACAAGAUGGGAAGAGGUGUCGCACUGUGCUGACCGUUUGCAACAGGAUAUCUUGGAGAAGGUCUCAUUUCCACUUUAUGUAAUAAUC